ACUUCCAGAGAUCCCUGUCGAGUUUAUUGAGACUGACGUAAUCCACUCACAAAGCCGUACAACCUUGAAACAUACGCAUCGAGAUUCAGUCCAGACGAGCGAAUCUUCGGACAACAUGGUCUUCGUUCUACAGAUACUGACCGCCUUAAUAGUAGGGGCGCUCCUCGAAUCCGAUGAGGCAGCUGCAGAGGAGCACAGUGAAUUACGAAGGAGCUCCUUGAGUGCAUUAAAGACGCAAGACAAUGCGAGGCCACAUUUCUCGAAGCCAGAAUCCCCCGUAGACAUUACCGAAAGCAUCCCAGAUGAAGAUUUCUCCAGCAGAGCAGCGUCUGCUCCCUUUCAGCCGACUGCUUUCACUCAUGAGACGAAUGGUGGGGAGACUAGGGACCUUGGGAGAAAAAACAUCUUCAGAAACGUAGCGGAGCCUGUACAGCUGGUCCCCAUAUAUUCGUCCUUGCUGGGUGACAAAUACGUGUCGCCCUUUGAGUCUCCAAUUCCGGUUCCGCUUCCCUUCGCAGGCAUUGUUGUGCCAGAUAUCGCACAUCUUACUCCUAAAGGGACGCGCCCCGCGUCUGUAUAUCCCCGUUCCAAGUCUGGUCCUUUGCUCAAUGAACGGCGUCUCCAGCUCCAAGGCCGAUUGAAAAGAAAAGAUACGUGGGAAAACGACAUUCCACGAACAGGACAGAAGCAAUACACGAGUAAAUACUACAAUUUUGAAGCGGGAGAUUAUAGGCCAGAUUCUUGGAUGUCCCACUCAAGGCGACUUAGCGAAAGCGACUCGCUCACUAGCCCUGAAAUCAUUGUCUCUUCAAGAAUAAUGAUCAAGGACAGAUACACUGCUAACAUCAAUCCUUGGGCUGUUCGAGCAAGAGCACAGCCGCCUAUGGUGUUCUACUAUCCUCAGACGGCAACGCAUGCCGUGGACGAGCUCCCGAACGGUCAAGGCAUCGAACGAAUUUCCGCAAAUGACCUGCCAGCAGUACCGCCUCCGCCUCCUUGUGUUGGCGUCGGGUGCUACCGGCGUCUCGAUCUGAAAAACAAGCCGCGCCUGUUUGCCUCGCGCGCUCCGGUGGUCGUGGUGGAAGUGAUUGAAGAAAAGAAAAAAAUCCCGAAGGAACCGAAAGAAGAGAAAGUUAAGGUAUCAGCACCGCCGGAGAUCCGAUAUAUUCCACUGUCGAAGGAAUAUAUACCUCUUCUUGCCUGGCCAGUGACUCAUCCACACCCUGGUGGCUCAACGCAUAAUGCUCAUGGACCGGGAGGAGUUUCCUUUCACGGUCCACAGAUGAUGGGUCACGGUGAUCACACUUAUCCUGAACAUGAUACAUGGUCUGGUGGCGGGCACGACCAAGAGUCACAUAAUGCAUCGUAUGCGGCAGAAACAGGGACACCCACGUCAGGGUUAGACGGGUUUCCCCCUACCACGGAGAAUGCCCAACCAUCGGGUGGUAGCCGGUUGCAUUCAGAAGCCCCCACUCACAGUUCUUUUGAUCAAGGGGCGUAUGCAGUGCCGGACGGCAUGGGUUCAAGUAUGAUUCUUCCUUACACGGCAGCUGGUGAUGCCACGUUUUAGUCACUUUCGGGAAGCUGCAACAAUUCAUGAAGGUCGGUGGAUGACUGUAAAUGCCAAUGCUUCGACUUGAAAUUAAGAGAUGCCCCCUCGUUGCUCGUAUGAUUUCAAUGUUUCACUGAUCAUGUUGGUAAAACCUUUCUUGCAUGCCAUAAAGGCUGAGCCUC